GAGUGAAAGCCCCAGCUUUCCAAAUAACAUCUGUGUUGCAGAGCAGCGCCUCCAGAGCCUCAGAAGGAGAUUUGAAAAGGAUGCUGAGUACAAGGAGGAAUACACUGCAUGUGUAAACAACAUGCUGCAGCAAGGACAUGCUGAGGCUGUACCAGCAGAGGACCUACAGAAAGAAGAAGAUGCAAUUCACAUGGUGAAGAGGCUGACGGACCUCUGCUCUAAGGGAGGAUUCGUGCUCUCAAAAUGGAUGAACUUCCGGUCGAGAGAGUACUGGGUUUACAGUGGAGCAUCGAAACAGAUGAGUUCAAGUUCAGAACCUCUGUGCAGGACCGCCCACAGACCAGAAGGGGCAUUUUGUCUGUGGUUAGUUCACUAUAUGAUCCCUUGGGAAUCCUAGCUCCCUUCAGUAUGCCAGCUAAACUGCUGCUACAAGAACUUUGUCGACAAAACUUGAAGUGGGAUGAAGUUAUUCCCCAUUCUCUUUGUAGGAAGUGGCUCGACUGGCUGGAGGACCUCCAGCUGAUCUCCAGUUUUAAGGUGGAUCGUUGCAUCAAACCAAGCUGCAUCAGGAAACCAGACAAAGCACAACUUCAUCAUUUCUCUGACGCAAGUCAAGACGGCUAUGGAACAGUGUCAUAUUUAAAACUGGAAAAGAAUAACAUCUCACAUGUUGCUUUCAUUCUAGGAAAAGCAAGAGUUGCUCCUAUGAAGCAAACAACAAUCCCCAGGUUGGAACUGACCGCUGCUGUUCUUGCUGUCCGAGUCAAUAAACUGCUGCAAAAGGAGCUGCAAAUACAAUUGGAAAAACCUGUUUUCUGGACUGAUAGUACAACAGUACUAAAAUAUAUCUCCAGUGAAACCAGAAGAUUUCACACCUUUGUUGCAAACAGGAUCUCUGUCAUCCGAGAAGCAACAGAUGUGAAUCAGUGGAGAUAUGUUUCCUCCAAGGAAAAUCCUGCAGAUGAUGCAUCCAGAGGCAUGAGAGCUGAGGAGUUCAUUAAAUGCAGGAGAUGGAUAAAUGGGCCUGAAUUUCUCCACAGAUCAGAAGAGGAAUGGCCUAAACUGGAUGUGGAUCACCAUGCAAUUCCUGCAGAUGACCCAGAGGUCAAAAGGGACCUAGCCGUGUAACAGAGGAAAGUUUAUUGAACAAAAGAUGGCAGAUCUGCCAGAAGAAAGAGUCCUGCCAGCCACCGCUCCUUUUACAAAUGUUGGAGUGGAUUACUUUGGUCCUGUAAGUGUUAAAAGAGGACGAAGCCUCCUGAAAAGGUAUGGAGUUCUGUUCACUUGUUUCACCAGCCGUGCAGUGCAUCUGGAAAUGGCCUACACCCUCGAUACAGAUUCCUGUAUAAAUGCAGUCCGCAGGUUCAUCUGUAGAAGAGGCCCAGUUUCCACCAUCAGAUCUGACAAUGCCACAAAUUUUGUUGGUGCAAAUCGAGAGCUGAAAGAGAGUUUAGCUGAACUGAAUCAUGCUAAAAUUCAAAAUGCUUUUGUGCAGGAUGGAAUUAAAUGGAACUUUAACAUCCCAGCAGCAUCUCACCAAGGUGGAGUUUGGGAGCGUCUGAUUCGUUCCAUAAGAAGUAUUUUGGUUUCAGUUCUUAAAGAGCAAGUUUUGGAUGAUGAAGGGCUUCAAACAAUUUUUUGUGAAGUUGAAGCCAUAUUAAACGACAGACCCAUCACUAAAGUUUCCGAUGACUCAAAUGAUCUUG